GUAGAUUGUGUUGACUUGAGAUGAGAGCUUGGAGUGAAGAUGAUACGAGCGGUAAUGGUGAUAAACACUCAAGGCAAGCCUCGCCUUACUAAAUUCUACGAUGAUCAGCCACCGGAGAAACAACAGGAGCUUAUUCGCAACAUCUUUGGAGUACUUAGCAGUAGGGCUGAGAAUGUAAGCAAUUUCAUUGAGGCGGAGUCCUUUUUCGGUCCGGAUACUCGCCUUGUAUACAAGCACUUUGCCACUUUGUACUUUGUGUUUAUAUUUGAUCGUUCUGAAAAUGAGCUUGCCAUGCUUGAUUUGAUACAAGUAUUUGUGGAAACAUUGGACAAAUGCUUCAGAGAUGUUUGUGAGCUUGACAUAGUGUUCAACUACAGCAAGAUGCACACCAUAUUAGAUGAGAUUGUAUUUGGAGGUCAAGUGUUGGAAACAAGUUCUGCGGAAGUUAUGAAGAUCAUUGAAGAGAUAUCCAAGUUAGAAACAGCCUCAAAUUCUAUCUCUCUUGUCCCGAAAUCUGUUUCCGGUUGGCGGAGUAGGUAGGUAGCAUAAGCUUUUCGAUGAUCCAACAGAUAUUUUCCUGGUUUUGAGUCACAGGUGCUCCUUAACAAUUAGUGUUGACCAAUCUUCAAAGUUUUAGAUUUGAUGCAACUGGUUCAUAUUUUGUGUACAUCUGUAAGUUUGUGUUGUGACAUUCAAAGCUCAAUGUUGUCUUUUAUGUGAAUAGUUCAUGACUCAUGAGUUGAUUUACACAAUCAGCCAUUUUUCAAAAAAUUAUUUAGUGCACUUAGUAAAAUGACC